CAUGAGGGGCUGAUAACGGGGCUGACUCUACCGACGCGUCGACUGGACCUACCGUGCGCCCCUGUGUCCGUCCGUGCGUCCAGCUGUCCGGCUGUCCGUCCCCCGGAGAUGAUGGCUCGGUGCGGGACGUUUUGGACCGGGAUCCUCGUCCUGCUCGCCGCCUGUCUCCCAGUGGUCGUGCGCUCUUUCAGCCACCUGAAAUCCAACCUGUGCAAGUGGUGCGAGGCCUCCAGUCCCGUGUGCAGAGACAGCGUCUGCCUGAGCAACUGCACCCUGUCGUCCUUCUGCAUCAUGACCGAGGAGAUCUGCAUCGCCGUAUGGAGGAAGACCAACGACACCAUGACGGUCCACACGGCCUGCCACAAUCCGGCUCUGCCGCUGGAGGGCGUGGACCCCGACCUGCUGCUGAACUUCACCUCCAGGGAGUGUCACAUGGUCCCGCAGCCUUCGGAGGAGGGAGCCAUGAUGGUCUGCGGCUGCCAGGGCGACCACGAAUGCAACGACAAGCUCAUCUUUGACAAGGGAGCAAAUGGUUUCCUGAAGCUGCAGAGUAAGGAUGUGAUCCCCGUCGUGGCGGUCAGUUUGGUGCCUCCUGUCCUGGUGGCCAUCGUUGCCACGGCAGCCUUCUACUUCUACCGCGUGCGGCGCCCGGACAAACCGGGGCCCCCCGUGCGCCUCAACUGGCCCACCAAGCACAGCCCGGAGCUCUACCAGGCUCUGGAGGCGGCGUGCGGGGGGCAGGGCGUCCAGCGGGAGGGCGAGGGGGGAGGCGGGCGGGACGAGUACCACGCCAAGGCGGCGCCGUUUCCCGACGAGAGGGCCGAACUGCUGCCCAUCAAGCUGGAGGCGCUGGUGGGGAAGGGGCGGUUCGCCGAGGUGUGGAAGGCCCACCUGCUCCAGGGCGAGAACGCGGGCGCCGGCAGCUACGAAACGGUGGCGGUGAAGGUCUUCCCCGCCGUGGAGUACGCCUCGUGGAGGAACGAGUGCGCCAUCUUCUCCGACCCGACCCUGCAGCACGACAACGUGGUCCAGUUCCUGGCGGCGGAGGAGAGGAGGCCCCCGAGCCACGCCCCGCAAACCUACUGGCUGGUUCUGGCUUACCACGGCCUCGGAAACCUGCAGGACUUCCUCACGGCCAACACGCUGAGCUGGGAGGAACUGGUGCCGAUGGCGUGCAGCAUUGCCAAAGGAGUGGCCCACCUCCACAGCGACACGACGCUGAGUGGGCUGUCAAAGGUGCCAGUUGCUCAUCGGGACCUAAAGAGCAGUAACAUUGUGGUGAAGAACAGGAAGGAGUGUGCGCUGUGUGACUUUGGUCUGGCGUUGAGGCUGGACCUCUCCCUUACUGUCGACGACUACGCCAACAGUGGACAGGUGGGAACAGCUCGCUACAUGGCUCCUGAGGUACUGGAAUCCCGGGUGAACCUGGAGGACCUGGAGGCCUUUAAGCAGAUGGAUGUUUACUCCAUGGCUCUGGUCCUGUGGGAGAUGGCCUCCCGCUGCGACGCCAUCGGGGAGGUGAAGGGCUACGAACCGGCGUUUGGGUCCAAGGUGUGUGAGCAGCCCUGUGUGGACAGCAUGAGGGACCUGGUGCUGAGGGACCGCGGACGGCCGGACAUCCCCACGACGUGGACGCAGCACCAGGGUAUGAACAUCUUCUGCUCCACCGUCACCGAGUGCUGGGACCACGACCCCGAGGCCAGACUGACGGCUCACUGCGUGGUGGAGCGCUUCACCGCCCUGCAGCAGGACGAAGAGGAGGAGGAGGAGGAGGAGGAGGAGGAGGAGGUGGGGCGGCAGGAGUAA